UGGACUUCAGACCAGAGGAAGUAAGGUGUGUAGUGGUGGUGACUGACAGCAAGGCACUGCCCCCUGGACUUUGGGCUCCACAACACAAGACUCCCAACUGCCACCCAGUAUUUAUGCAGACCGUAAAUUGCAGAAUCAUGAAGGUCCUAGUUGUGCUUGCUUUGGCUGUUUUAACUGGUUGCAAUGCCAACCUCUUCUAUGCUGAUGAGCCCAAACCUCAACUGGAGCAGCUGACAGAUGCAUUCUGGAACUAUGUUACCCAGGCAACUCGCACAGCAGAGGACACCGUUCAGAUGAUCAGGAAAUCUCAGUUGGGAGAGGAAGUGAGCGCUAGGUUGACAGAGAGCGCCGAUGUGGCCAGCCAGUAUGCAGUCACCCUUCAGAAAGAGAUGACCCCUCUGGCUCAAGAGCUCAUGACCAAGAUUACCCAGGAGGCUGAGGUGCUGAGAGAGCGUCUGGGGCAGGACCUUACCACCGUCAAGGGGAAACUGGAGCCCUACGCAGAGGACAUGAGGGCCCAGGUUCUUCAGAGAGUUGAGGAGCUCAAGGCUGCCGUGGCUCCCUAUGCCGAGUCUCUUGACUCUGAGUCCCUGAAGGCCACCCUGCUCCAGAAGAGUGAGGAGCUGAAGGGGAGUUUGGAGCAGAGUGUGAAGGAGCUGCAGUCCCAGCUUGGCCCCUACACCGAGGAGCUCAGGCAGAAGGUGGACCAGCACCUGCAGGACUUCCAGACCAACGUGGCCCCCUUGGCUGCUGACCUCCAGACCCAGCUGGCCCAGAGAGCCCAGAUGGUUCAGCAGAACCUGGCACCCUACGCUGAAGACCUGAAAGGCAAGCUGGACCCCUACGCUCAGGACCUCAGGGCUCAGCUCACCUCCCUGUACGAGUCCUUUACUAAAUCUAGCUAAAGACACUCUGCUAUUUUCAUGCUUCAGUAAUUUAUUAAGAUUUUGAUUCAGAGCUAUAUCAUGCAGUUGCUUUUUUUACAUUGUGUUAUGAAUUUAUUUAUUUAAGUGUGAUGAAAAUGUGGUGAUGUGUAUAAAUAAAACAUGCAAACUAACUUUUAGUGACACUUUUUAAUUAUUAUUUUUCCAAUCUGAUUUGACUGUCUGUUUGAAUCAGUACUAAUGCAAUAUUAAGCACAACUAUAAACCUUCUGAGGUGCCAUUGGUUUCUAGAAAUGGGUAUAAGCUCCGGCUACUGACACAGUGAACAAGCUUGUGUGGUAAGGCUCAGUUAACAUUGUAUGACUAAGAUAAGAACCAGAUAAAAUGAGUGUGACUAGACUAAAAAUAUAAUCAUCUCUCUCUCACUUGCUUCCUGUCACUCUUCACAGAUAAAAAGGUUGGGUUGGGUGUCUUGAUUAUUUAUGUAAAAUCUAUAGAAUGUAACAGUCUUUGUUAUCUCUGUCAAGUAUAGCUUUGAGUUAGAGAUCUUUCACUUUUUCGAUACAAGAUGACGUCAGCAUGCUUGACACACUGUGAGACCUAGUUAACUCAACCUUUUGCAGUGAUCUCUGGAUCAUGCAAAAAAACGCAUAUACAGUAUGUUUUGUUUUUUAAUGAGCUACCUUACCUACUGUAUCAUCACAAGAAAAGUGUCCUUUAUAACUGUGUUUAUGUAGCACUUUUUUAUUUGACUCCUGAGAGCACCCAGAGCGCUUCACAUCGUCAUGUUUCACAUUCACCCAUUCACACUACACGCUCAUGGCAGAGGCUGCCAUGCAAGGCCGAACUUGCUCAUCGGGAGCACUGGAGUUAAGAAGGGAGUUGCGGCUCAAACUAGCAACCUGCAACCUUCCAGCCCUCAUCAUCAUGUGGAUCAGCAUCAUGUUACAAUAACUGCAACUCUCAGUGUUUGGUUGCACAUGGGAA